AUGGCCAUGACGACCUCCAGUCUGGAAUAUCUCCACGUCACAAUUAUAACGUGCAGGCGAUGCAAAUUGACCCUGUCAGUAUCAACAGGCAUGGAGAGAAAGGGGAUUGGAGAGAGUCUAUUCACCCAUCGGGAGCAAUGUAUUACUACAAUGGAAAAACGGUGGGUGCUGGCUGAAAUUUUGAGAACAUACACUGAGAUGAACCUAGGCACUUGUUCGGAGGCACAGCUCCGGAAGCUUGAGUCCUGGAUUGAUGUGUCAAGAUCAAAGAUAGAUGGAAAGCAAUGGCUCCUAGUCGUUGAUCCAAUGUUAGCGAGAGGGGAGGAGAUCUACCCAUACUAUUAUGUGGUCCCGGAAAGUCAGAUCAUUACUUGGGUUGAACCAAUGGAUGGUUACAUUCUGUUCCAACAAUGCAUGGCAGCGAGGCACUGGAACCAUAAAAGGCUCAAACUCAAAGCUCAAUACUGGAAACACAUUGAAUACUUUCCAUGUGGGAUGGCAAUGCAUGUCUCAGAAGUAAGAAGCUUAUGGGUGAAGUUGAACUGGUACCGUGUAGGCGAGUUCUUUGACUUGGCAGCGCUCGAUCAGAACGACUUAAGUAACUUACAGAAGCGCUGGCCAUGGAGCAAUCUACUGCCGCUAGCUUAUUUUGGACUCUUGAUCAAAUGA